AUGAGUGAAAUACACUUCGUUUUAUUUGCUCUUUGUAAUAGUUUGCAACAGUUUUAGGUGCGUGUGGAGGUUAACGCCGAUUUGUUUUUGUUUUAUACACGUUUGUAAUGUAUCUUACAAUCUAUUUAAAUACUGCCAUAAACACUGAAUUUAUGCAAAAACACGGCAGAGGGUCAUUUCAGCGCAUUGUCUGCUAUCAUCUGGCUCAUUACCUGCUGGAUCAGCGACAUGGCUUGUUCAUUUUAUUUACGAAAUGAGGCCGUGAUAAUGAACUAAAACCGAGUCCUGGUCGAGCGCCAUUGCCGUGGCAGUGCAACCCAACUGAUAGUAAACAGCCUCGUCUUAGACAAGAGCAGCCACGCCGAUUAGCAAAAAGGUGCAAAGCUGUUCAGUGUAUUCGACGUGAAAAGGUUUAUUUCCAGAUAUGUAUCGGUUGAUUUCUUAUCGCGUUUCCAGUGGUACAUUUAUAAAAUAAACAAUUUAACUGUUCGGACGCCAUAUCCUGCCAAAAAACCAGGCCUUAUGUUUUGUUAUGAAGGCGCAGCCGUGGUGAAGCUAACGCUAGUUUAACUUCCCUAGCGAGGAAAUGGCUUCUUGGCGAGUCAGGGCAAGCUCUGUUUGGUAACUAGCUAGCUACGUAGCUAACCUAUUUAGGGCAUCAUAGUAUGGAGGUAAACACGCAGUUGUUUUUGCUGAAGGGAAAUCUACUUCACAGUUCGCUUCCUCCACCGAAACUAACCUAGUUAGAAACAUACAAACUAGUUUACACAAAUUAACAAGCUCGCUAGCUAGUUAACCUAGCUGGCUAAAUAACCUAGCUUUAAAGCCAUUGUUGCUGGUGAAUAUUGGAAGACCUCUUUUUGUUCAUGUGGGAGACGCAACAAACUGCGUUUUAUUGACAUUAUACUUAGAUACACACUCUUGUGUUGGCAUUCUUUACACGGCUUGGUAAAGCCGCCGUUUAUGUAGCUAGCUAGGUUAGCUGAACACUUGACUGGCUAGCAGGCAAACAGAAAAGCUAACGCCCCGCAUUCUCUUCUCAUAUUCACGGUAAAUACUUUCGAUGUCUUUGAAAAGACGCUUAUUAAACGUUGGUUCGUUUUUUGUAGAGAAAUAACGUCGCAUUUCGACGUAAAAAAUAAAUUUGGCUGUGGAAAUUUGCGUAUUCGUUAACGACGUGAACACACACGACACUAGAUACUCAAUGGCUAAAGCACUGCCGUGAAUAAGGACUACUUUGUGGAUGAAGAGCCUUUAAUCACGUCAGAGAUUCGAGGUGGGAGUGUACAGUUAUGGAGCUGAGUAAAGACGACGCGGCUCCGGAGGCUGGCGAUAGGGGGCGCCAGAGAGACGACACGCAUAGUGUCAUCGCGGAGAAACAAGUGCAACGAAAUCCGCCGGAGUUCUGUCCCGGACUCGUCUCCGGAGACACGCACCCCAUGUGCCGCGCUCGGGAGAGGAGCGAUCCGGAGCCUAAGCCUGGCGACGCUGCCGGUGACGACGGAGACGCGACUGAAAAGACGUCCAGUAAAGCGCAGGGCGAGCGGGAGCCCCGGAAUAAGAGGAGGUCCGGCUGCAGUUCCGAGGGCGCACCGGACGGCCGCCAGGGCAAGAGGAAGCAUCGGCGGCGACCGUCUAAGAAGAAGCGCCGCUGGAAGCCGUACUUCAAACUGACCUGGGAGGAGAAGAAGGAGCUGGACGAGCGGGAGAGCGCGCGCGCGUCGCGGGUCCGAGCCGAGAUGUUCGCUAAAGGUCUGCCAGUGGCUCCCUACAACACCACUCAGUUCCUGAUGGAGGAGCACGACCGAGAGGAACCCGACCUGAACACGGAGCGCUGCAACCGCAAGUCUUUCGGCGCGAGUCGGUCAGAAGACACGGCCAGCGAGGAAGACUUCGACCCUGAGGAUGACGAGGAAGAAGAAGGUGAAGGAGGAGAAGGCGUUGAGAGCGACGGCAUGGGCCGAGCCGGGGGCGCAGGGGGAGAGUUUCUGCAGCGGGACUUUUCCGAGACCUACGAGCGGUACCACGUAGAGACGCUGCAGAACAUGUCCAAACAGGAACUGGUGAGGGAGUACCUGGAGCUGGAGAAGAGCAUGUCGCGCCUGGAGGAGGAGAACAACUGGCUGCGGCUCGCGCGGAGAAACCCGGCGGCUCCGGGCGAGAGCGCGCAGCGCGUGCACGAGCUGGAGAGCGAGCUGGAGAGACUGAGAGCGCUGAACAGCGAGCUGCUCUUUCACAGCCACCAGCACACCGCGGCACGCGCCGUCAACGGUUCUACCGCCUCACAGCCCGAGAAGGGACACGCCGAGGGCUCGGGCUCACAGUGACGGACACACACUCAACAUCUUUCCUUGUUUCUUUUAUGAUUAUUAUUUUCCCUCCUGAUUUAUUAUUGUCCGCUGAUCUUAUCCGUUGUCUUACUGUAAAGCUACGGUAGUUAAUAAUGUGAUGUGCUUUUCGGCCAGAAAGGUAACGUUCAUGGUUUGUUUUGUUUUUCUGACAAGUUUUAAAUAUUGAAUUUGUGUGUGAGGUCCCAUUAAAAAUGGUUAGUUCGUUGUAAAGUAGGUUAGGUUUUUUUGCACACGUGACUGGAUUUAUAAAAAAGAGAAGAGGGGGGAAAAAAAAGACUAUUUUGGUUUUAGAGUUAAUACUUCUGGAUCAGUUACGUGUUCAUACUGCACGGGGGGGGGGGGGGGGGGGGACAACAUAUUGUCAUACACACGUUUGUAAAGUUUCCCAUAAAACGUGUUUUUUGUCCCAUCAAUCCCGGUAAAUGAGCUGUUUGGUAUUUUUCUGCUGGUGCACCUGAUAUUCUGCUUUACAUUUAUUAAUGCAUGACCAAGGCAGUAUGUGGGCUAAUAAAACUGUGGAAAACCGUUA